AUGGAUAUAGACAAGAUCUUACAUUCCUAUGGUAAAACCUUGAAAGACUAUCCUCAUAUGCCUUUAGCAAUUGAAGUUGAUAGUCCUUUGUUAACCGAAAAGGUUAUCAGGGAAGAGCUAAAUUUUAACAGGGAUGAUUUAAAGAAAAAUGCCUCAAACAUGUUAGCCAUCGCAACAUCUGAGCAGAAAUAUGCAUUCGAUAAAAUUGUUAUAGCUGUGGGUGAUAUUGUGUUAAACAUUGCUUCAAGUGGUAUUGCAUAUUUACUUCUUCCCAAUGGAAGAACAGCACACUCAAGGUUCAAAAUACCGCUGAAUAUAACUGAGCAUUCUGUAUGUAACAUCAAACCUGGUUCCCCUCAAGCAAUGCUGUUGUUGAAAGCCAAACUUAUAAUUUGGGAUGAGGCUCCAAUGGUUAGUAGGUACUGCUAUGAAGCGCUUGAUAAAUGUUUAGGUGAUAUCAUGAGGAUUUUUUUCAAAGCAAGAACUAUACUGCCUCCCACGCUGGACAUCGUUGAAGAGGUCAACAACCAUCUGAUGGCUAUCAUUCCUGGAGGGAAAAAAUUAUAUCUUAGUUCAGAUUCGAUUCGUAUGGAUGAAGGGAAUAUGGAGAGUCAACUAGAUCUCUAUGGUCCUGAAUUACUGAAUAGCAUAAAUUGCUCUGGUUUGCCUCCACAUAAAUUAAUAUUCAAGGUUGGUAAUCCGGUGAUGUUAUUGAGGAAUAUUGACCAAUCCAUUGGUCUUUGUAAUGGUACAAGGCUACAAGUUAGGAAGGUUGGAAAUCAUGUCAUAGAAUGUGAAGUCUUAACGGAUAACAAUGUUGGUCAUAUUGUUUUGACUCCAAGAAUGAAUAUGGUACCAACAAAUGAAACCGUCCUAGUUAGAUUCCAACGAAGAAAGUUUCCCAUAAUAGUAUCGUUUGCCAUGACAAUUAAUAAGUCUUAG